AUGUACGACGAGCAGUACGAGACGGUUGCAUCAAAAAUAGAUGCAAGGAUUCGCCGAGACUUGAUACGGAAGGUCUUCACGACGGUUUGCUACCAGUUGCUGGCGACGGCUUCCAUUGUGGCCGCGACGGUGUAUUUGAUUCCCGCGGUGCUGGUUGCCAGGAAUUUGAAUCUCAUGAUGACGUUCGCUGGCGGUGCGUGGGGGGUGCUCUGGCUGCUUUUUACAUGUUGCCCGUCUCUAAGCCGGAACCAGCCUUCAGGCAACAUACUACUUGGAGUAGUGACUUUAAUCCAGUCAUUACUCCUCUCCGGAAUUGUAUUUGCUGAGGUGGUCGGAGGUUGGAGAGGCGUCCCCCAAGUGUACGGGUGGCCGCCGUCGCUUUCCGCAUACGAUAUUGGAUCCAGGCUAUCUGGCGGUUCUGGCCAUGCGCGAGUUCUAAUGGUGCUCGUCGGAACGAUUGCGGCGGUUAUCGGAGCGACUGGUGCCGCGCACGGAAUGCGCCACGCUCCGUUUCGCUGGUAUCAUGCUUUAAUGGUCGGAUCCCUCUGCUUUACACUACUGGGACUGUUGAAGAUCAUAUUCCUGCGGGAACAUGUUGCGUGGAUCGCAAUUGUCGAGGCGGGAUUAGCGGGCAUACUGUUUUGCGCCUACCUCGUCUUCGACGUUUGGCGGCUUCUCAAGAAAGGCACUCCGGAUGUCGAUAAUCACGUUUUCCUAACCAUGGCAAUAUAUAUGGACAUUAUUUACCUCUUCAUAGAAUUGCUGAGAAUGCUCGCCGAGAUCAGCGCAGCUGCAGAAGACAAGGAAAGAAAUCGAAAGAACCGCUCGCGAGGCAGACGUUACUAA